UGUUGAUCACAUGGUCUUAGGAUAUAUCUCUCUUAACACAUUCACAAACCUCAACUACAAGAGAAAGAAACAGAAAAAAACAGAGCAAUGUCAAAUUACCCUGUUUUCAUUUUCCUUAACUUACUCUUAACCAUCUUCCACGCUUCAGGACAAGACCCUCCUUACAUCGGUCACUUCUGUGGAAACAGAGCAAACUUCACAAGAAACAGCACUUACUUCUCCAACCUCAAAUCACUCUUAUCUACUCUCUCUUCCCCAAACGCAUCCUACGCCACAGGUUUCCAUAGCGCCACCGUCGGGAGUGGUUCCGACACUGUCACAGGCCUUUUCCUUUGUCGUGGUGACAUCAUCCCCGAAAUCUGCAGCGACAAUGCUCUCUACGCCGUCGACGAUGCUCUCACCCGUUGUCCUGAUCAGAAAGAGGCUACGAUUUGGUAUAACCCUUGCACGCUUCGAUACUCCGACCGGAACAUACUCUCUACGUUGGCGACUAGUCCUGGCGUUCUUUUGACCAACACCAACAACGUAACAGCUGACCUACGAGACCGGCUCGGAGAAGUUCUCAACUCAACCAUGAACGAAGCGGCGAUGAUGGCCUUGAAUAGUUCUCGUAAGUUCGGGCUAAGGAAAGCGGAUUUCACACCGUCCAAAAGAUUCUACGGGUUGGUUCAGUGCACGCCUGAUCUGACUAGUGAUGAGUGUAACGUUUGUCUUCGACGAGCCAUUGAUGGAUUGCCUCGUGAGCAAGUUGGUGGAAGGAAUCUUCUUCCAAGUUGUAACGUAAGGUACGAGCUUUACCCAUUCUACUCAGAAACCUUAGCUCCACCACCACCGCCAAUAUCAGAUACGGCCUCUGGUAACACACCGUUGGCACAACCGCAAUCAAGACGUUACAGAAACUCGACUUUUUUAAUCAUCGCCAUUGUUGUGCCAAUUGUUGUUGCGUUACUUCUUUUCGUAGCUGUUCAAUGUUACUUCUUAAAGAGAUCAAAGAGAAGUUAUGACGUUUCUGCUUCUGAUGACGGGUCUCUACAGUUUGAUUUUAAUACGAUUGAAGCAGCGACAAACAAAUUCUCUGACAGUAACAGGCUUGGUCAAGGAGGAUUUGGCGAUGUUUAUGAGGGUCUGUUACCAAAUGGAACAGAAGUUGCUGUAAAGAGACUAUCAAAAUCAUCAGAACAAGGAGUCGAUGAGUUCAAGAACGAGGCUACUCUUGUAGCAAAGCUUCAGCAUAGGAAUCUCGUACGGCUUCUCGGGUUUUGUGUCGAAGGAGAAGAGAAGAUACUCGUCUACGAGUUUGUCCCAAACAAAAGCCUUGACUAUUUCCUCUUUGAUCCUUCAAAGCGAAGUGAGUUGAGCUGGAAAACACGACACAAGAUUAUUGGAGGGAUUGCUCGAGGAGUUCUUUAUCUUCAUCAAGAUUCACGGCUCACGAUCAUACAUCGUGACCUUAAAGCUAGUAACAUCCUCUUGGAUGCCGAUAUGAACCCCAAAAUUGCAGAUUUUGGGAUGGCAAGGAUUUUUGGGAUGGACCAAACCCAGUCUAAUACAAGCAGAAUCGUUGGAACUUUUGGUUAUAUGUCUCCCGAGUAUGCAAUGCAUGGACAGUUCUCUAUGAAGUCUGAUGUCUAUAGCUUUGGAAUUAUAGUUCUUGAGAUAAUAACCGGCAAGAGGAAUAACAACUUCAACCAAACUGAUGGUGAUUCCGACUUGGCCUCAUAUUCAUGGAGAAUUUGGAAAGAAGGAGUUGCUGAAGAACUGGCGGAUCCAGCAAUAAGGGAGAGUUGUGAGAAAGAUGAAGUUAUAAGAUGCAUCCAUAUCGGCCUACUAUGUGUUCAAGAAGAUCCUGCAGAUCGUCCAACAAUGGGAACCAUUGUAAUGAUGCUUUGUAGUAGAACAAUGAGCUUACCAAAUCCUCACCAACCAGGAUAUAGCUUUCCUAAUCAAGAUGAAUCGGAAACCACCAAUGCAGCAUUUGUCUCAGAGUCUAAUAUUGACGACUCAUCCAUCACAAUUACUCUUCCUCGUUGAAUAUUCUUGUUUGGGAUUUAAUAACAUUGUAUACUCUAGUCUUAAUUUACUACCCUUACGUCUUGGUGUUUGACUAUAACGCUGUCGACAAAGUUAUGGAUGCAUGAUGAAACAUAGUUAAUAUAUAAAUCAAUAUAUAAUAGAUAAUGUUUCAUCAUGCAUCCAGAACUUUGUGGACAGCGUUAUAGUGUUAGACUUGGACUUUUUCAAAUUGGUUGUUUCUUGGACU